AUGUCACAUAAACCGAAAGACGCUCUUGACCAGCUGCAAUACAUGCUGAACGAUGUCAUCAUACAGAUUGGCAAGGCCCUCAAGGCAUCGACCAAGCAACCGAAUCGACAAAACGUCUCUCAGAUUCAUGCAUCGCUUCAGACUCAUGAGAGCGAAAGGGGCUUUGCAAAGAGAUUUGGACCGUCUUCAACAACGCCACGCGCCACAGCCAGAAGAGGCAAUCAAGGCUUCGCCUGCGCCCAUGAUCGCAUCACCAGCCUCGGUCGCCCUGGUUGCUGCCAGCCCUGA